AUGACUGAACGUGCAAAAAUUAUUCCACGUUGGCUUACAGAAGUACGCCCUACCACUUCAAAUGCUGCACCUUCAACAUGGACAUUACCAAAUACUGGCUCUUUACUUAAUGGAAACAAUCAGACCGACUCUUCUAAUUCUAGUUUUACUACUAGAGGUGGCACUUUAUCGGCUUCGCCUGAUCAAACUCGUGCUGUUGUUGUCGGACUGCUGAAAAUUUUGAAUGUAUCAGGCAAUGAGAUUACGGAAGAAUUGAAAGUUAAGGUUGCGAAUAAAUAUAAUAGCAAUGAUGUUAAAUGGGGAAAUAAUAUUUCAAGAAACAAAAUAGCUACUGCUGCUUCAAAUGGUUUAAUUGUUAUUUGGGAUAUAGGAAAUGGUAGAUCAAGGAUUGAUCGAAGAAUCAAUGAACAUACACGUGCUGUUAAUAGGAUAUGUUUUAGUCCAAUGCAAGGUUCAUUAUUGUUAAGCGCCUCACAAGAUUGUACCAUGAAAUUGUGGGAUCUUAGAGAUCCAGAAAAGGCAAGAUACACAUUUCAAGGAAGAUGUGAUGGUGUUCGUGAUGUGCAAUUUAAUUCAAUGAAUCAAUAUGAAUUUGCGGCUGCAUUUGAUAAUGGAACAAUUCAGAAAUGGGAUAUUAGGAAGCCAUCAAUUCAUCAAAAAAGAUACAAUGCACAUAUUGGAUCAGUGUUAUCUAUAUGGGAUAUGAAUUCGGAUAGUAGAAAGUCAAAAAAUGCGAUUAAUACUAUGUCAGGUAUAUCUUAUAUCAGAUGGAGACCAAACUAUCCGAAUGAGAUUGCAUCAUGUUCAUCGUUGGUCGAUUCAAGAAUAUUUGUUUGGAAUGUUAAAAGACCUUACAUCCCAAGUUAUUCCUUCGAGACACAUGAAGAGGUUCCAACAGGAAUUUUAUGGCAUGAUUGUGAUGUGUUAUGGUCUUGCUCAAAGGAUAAAUAUUUUAUGCAACAAUAUAUCAAAGGAUCGUAUCGACCCUUGGAUUUAUUAAGUAAAUGUGGAAUUGGUUGGAGUAUUUAUGAUCAAUUAGCAUUUGCUGUAGACAAACCCAACAACAAUAAUGAUAUAAUUGAUGAUCACAGAAAUAUUAGGCAACAGAAUCAAAUUAAAAAAACGCAAAAAUAUAUACCUCCUGGAACGAUAGAUUCAUCAAAUGAGGGUUACUACAAAUUACAACAAAAAACUGGAAUGGCAUCUUUUAAAACAUUUGAUUACAAAGCAUUUUCAUACCUUGCAGAAAAUUAUAUGAUUUCUAAUCAAAAUAUUUGGGAGACUUAUCAAAAUGGAGCUGAAGAACAACACUCUAAAGAGUCUCAUUCACACGGCCCUUUGAAAUCAAGAUUUUAUUCCAAAGCGUCCAAUAAUUCAGCGAAUGAAAACAGUAGUAGUAAUAAUACACCAACAGAAAAAACAUCAGAAGGAGGAGCAGGAGCAUUAGACGAUGAUGAUUCAUCAAUUGAAUCAGAGGAGAGUGAAGAUGAAUUUGUUCAAGAAGACAAAUCAUCUACCAAUCACAAAACUUUACGUAAUCAAAAAAGUUCUGCUAAAUUAUCAGAAAAUGCUUUUAUUUGUGGACCAACUAUAAAGACAAGUUUAAUGCCAUCAUUAGUUCAAGAACAAAUAAUUUCACAAUUAUUAGAUUAUUAUUCAGAACAGGGAGAUGUGCAGAUGUGUGUCACUUUAAUCCUUGUGAUUGGCGAUAGGAUCAAGCUUAAUAAUGAAAGAGUAGAACAAUGGUUUUUUUCAUAUAUUGAAUUAUUACAUAGGUUUCAACUUUGGGUAACAGCCACAGAUAUCAUUUCUUCUUGUCCAAUCGCAGCAGUUUCAAUGCUAAAUCAACAAUCUACAACCAUUUAUACUACAUGUAAUAAUUGUUAUAAACAUAUUCUAAAUAAUUCUUUGAAAAGUAAUGGAUUUUGGUCAUGUGAUAAAUGUCAUAAAUUAUUAAAUCCUUGUUCAAUAUGUCAUAAUACAGUUAAAGGUCUUUAUACUUGGUGUCAGGGUUGUAGUCACGGAGGGCAUUUAACUCAUAUGAAACAAUGGUUUAGUCGAAACAAUGAAUGUCCAACUGGAUGUGGUCAUAAUUGUUCUAUAGGGAAUUUUUUAUAA